AUGGCUCCUCGCGUCACCUACAAGCGCCGCCAUGCGUACAACACGCGAUCGAACAAGAUCAUGAAGAAGCGCCUUCCGGGCGGCCGUCUCGGGAUCGCCUACGUGAAGAAGACCACCAAGGGCGCGCAGACGCCCUCGGGGGAUAACGGGCGCAUUCACGGGGUUCCGCGCGUGGCGACGCAAAAGUACAGCCGCAAGCACAUGUCCAAGAACAAGAAGAGUGUGUCACGCGCGUACGGCGGAGUCCUCUCCGGGGGCGCGGUUCGCGAGCGCAUCGUGCGCGCGUUCCUCGUCGAGGAGCAAAAGAUUGUCAAGAAGGUGCUCAAGCUUCAAGCCGCCAAGGAAGGCAAGUAA